CCGCCGCCCGCGGCCCCUCGCGGCUCGGCGGGCCUCCCCCUUUGUCCGCCCCGGGCCGCCCGGCGCCGAGCUCCCGGUCCCCGGGCCGGCCGCCCGCGGCGCUCGGUGCCGGCUGGGCGCGCAGGGGGCGGGGGCCGCGGCUCGCCCCCCGCCGAUGAGCCGCCGCGGAGCGCGGGCGGACGAUGGAACUCCACAUCCUGGAGCACCGGCUGCAAGUUGCCAGCGUCGCCAAGGAGAGCAUCCCGCUCUUCACCUACGGCCUGAUCAAACUUGCCUUCCUGUCCUCCAAGACCAGGUGCAAGUUCUUCAGUCUGACUGAGACGCCGGAGGAUUACACCAUCAUUGUUGACGAGGAGGGGUUCUUAGAGCUGCCCUCCUCAGAGCACCUGAGCGUGGCGGAUGCCACCUGGCUGGCCCUGAACGUGGUGUCGGGCGGGGGCAGCUUCUCCAGCUCGCAGCCCAUCGGUGUGACCAAGAUUGCCAAGUCCGUCAUCGCCCCGCUGGCCGACCAGAACAUCUCCGUGUUCAUGCUGUCCACCUACCAGACGGACUUCAUCCUGGUGCGCGAACGGGACCUGCCCUUCGUCACGCACACCCUGUCAUCGGAGUUCACCAUCCUGCAGGUCGUCAAUGGCGAGACGGUAGCAGCCGAGAACCUCGGCAUCACCAAUGGCUUCGUGAAGCCCAAGAUGGUCCAGAGGCCUGUCAUCCACCCUCUGUCCAGCCCAAGCAACAGGUUCUGCGUCACCAGCCUGGACCCUGACACGCUGCCUGCAGUCGCCACACUCCUCAUGGACGUCAUGUUCUACUCCAACGGAGUGAAGGAUCCCAUGGCUGCUGGGGAGGACUGCGGCCACAUCCGCUUCUUCUCCUUUUCCCUCAUCGAGGGCUACAUCUCCCUGGUGAUGGACGUGCAGACCCAGCAGAGGUUCCCUAGUAAUUUGCUGUUCACGAGUGCGUCCGGAGAGCUCUGGAAGAUGGUGCGGAUCGGAGGACAGCCGCUGGGAUUCGAUGAGUGUGGCAUCGUGGCCCAGAUCUCCGAGCCCCUGGCUGCUGCAGACAUCCCCGCCUACUACAUCAGUACUUUCAAGUUCGACCACGCGCUGGUACCAGAAGAAAACAUCAACGCCGUCAUCAGCGCCCUGAAAGUCAGCCAAGCAGAGAAGCAUUAGGAGGGCCUCUUCUGCUUUUCCCCGUCUGCCCCCCAGGCCUGGGCCAGGCCCCUACCCCGAAGUUUCUUCUCACAGUAUUUCUCACAGACUGGAAAAUCGGCCCCGGGGGCCCCCAAGACGGGGCCUCAGGGAGACACCCCCGAUUGUUCACCCUGCCAGGCCUGGGGCCCAAGCUAAGGCCUCCUGAUGCCCCCCUGCCUUCCUGGAGCCCCCAGGCCCUCCAGAGACUUCCCAGCUGCCUCCUCCGCCCCCACCCCUACUCCAGAAAAUGAUAUCUAAGGCCCAGGGAGCCUGCCAGCUGACCGCCUUCCCCUCGCCCCCUGCCCAGUUGGGGGCAGAUGCUGAAGGAAGCAGGCUCCCCCUCCAAGACAAUGGGGUUCUGAUUUUCGGGUCGUCUUGGGGAGCUGGCUGAAGGGAGCCGAGUUCAUGGAGACCAGGAAGGCCCCUGUGAGGCCCUGGGGCUGGAUGUGGUGGCCGCUGGUCUCCGGUUCCAUCGGCUCCGGGCUGGUUCCCGCAGAGUGGAGGCCGGUGCGCUGGGGAGGCUCUGACAAGCAUGGGCAGGUGGACGGGGCCCCGAUCUGGGGAGCACCCAGGCCACCCAGAACUUCACCUGCCAUCCACAGGGCCCACGCCCCGACUCCCAGCAAGACUGCCAAGGGGACCCUGUCCAGACCGUCCCUGCCGUAAGCACUCUUUCCUGGGGCAGUCCCCAGGAGACCCACCAGCCUGGGGCUUGGGCUCCUGUCCCUUCCGCUUCCCCUGGACCCUACUUGGGCAGGCGGAGCCUCAGUUUCCCUGAAGUGGGGGCACCCCCAGCACUUUGGACCUGGGGUUCCUUGGGGUACCCCCACCCCCAACAGUCGACUAGACCAGCACAGGGCUCCGUCACUCUCCUGCCCCCUCCCCUGCCCCACUUUUGGGGGGAUGUGGAAGGCCUCUGCCCCCAACUCGCCUGCCUGCCUGGCCCUCAGCUGGCCCAUGGCGUUCAUGAGUACCUGACCUGGGAGGCAGCUUAUCUGAGCCUUAAUAGAGAAAACCGUACCGUACGUUUUAGUUUCUUAUUUAAUGUAUUUGCGCCCAGGCUGUGGUUGGCGGCAGUUUCAGCGGACAGGGGACGGGCCUACUGAGUUCUGUUGGGGACUCUGAGGCUCAGGGUCACUUGGCUGGCCCCCUGUGGCUCCAGGGACAGGCUUGAGAAUCACUGGGUGUCACAGAAGCAUGAGUGCUUUUUCGCUUUUUCAGAGCAGGAGGCAGGCAGCAGAGGUCUGUGACAAGUUAGGGGUUCCCCCAGGGCGCCCAGAGGCCCGGGUCAGUGGGCGGCCAGGUGGCAGUUCGGCCAGGAGGAAUGGGGUGAGCCUCAUUCCCCCCUCCCCUCCCCCCGCCCAGGCACUUUUUCUCAGGUGGCAGCCGCCUUGCGCUGUUCCCUAGGAGCUCAGAGGAGAAGGGGCGCUCUCCCUGGUGAAGGGCUCAUGUGAGCCCCCCUGCCCCGUUCUCCCAGCAUCGGGGGGCCCUCUGCCUCCUGGGGGGGUCCACCAGAUGAAGGAGCGCUGUGUCUAGAUCCUUGAAGAUGUUCAGGGCUCAACCACUGAUUAGGAACCCACCUUUUUUUUGGUUUUUGGUUUUUUUUUUAAAGUUAAUUCGUGUUGCACAAAACUCUUAAAACAACCAAAACGUGUCCAUCUGUUUGCUGGCUCCAAAACGGGGGGUGGGGUGGGGCGGGCAGCCGAGCAGGCAGGAAAGCACCCAACCACGUCCCCUUUCCCUCCUUGGAAGGCCUUGGUUUUCCGUGGCACGCCUCUCCAGACUCCUUCGCCGUUGGGUCCCCUGGUGAUGUCACUUCUCUGCCUUCCCUCCCUCCCCGCCGAGCAAAUGUGUUGGCCCCGUGACCCUGGAAGCGUGUGCUACCCAGACCCCCCCCCCCCGCAGGACGAAUCUAUUGUACACACUUAUAAAUACCUGUGUUUUAUGUUGAUAUAGAUAUAUACUGUAAAUAGCAUAUAUACUUGAGCAAUAUAUAUGUUAAUAUAUGCUGUGUGAGCACGCACACGCGUGUGUGCACAGUACGUGGACACGGACCCCGCCGUGUGCGUGCGUGUGUGAGCAUGAGGGCCUCCUCCUGCCGCGUCUGCCGUGCACACGGGCACGUUUUGAGCCACCGUAUAUUUUUAAUUCAAGUAUAUAGGCAAUACGUUAUUCGAGAAGCCCUGACUUGAGAGAAAAAAAAAAAACCAGCAGCCCCAGAGCAGAGCCCCAGGGCUCCCUCCCCGAGUCUCCCCUGAGAGAUGGAUUCAGCCCCUUCCUGCACCCGUUUCCAUGGCUACGCCCCUGGGCACCCUUGUUUUAUCUGGGGGACGGUGGUGUGGAGAGAGGAGUUUUGGAAUUUCUUGCCCUUGAGCAGAAAGGCCCUGUGACCAUUGCCCUGAGCCCAAAGACCUGGGCAGGUAGGUGGUCCCGCCACAGCUUUCCACCCCGACCCCCUCCCGUCCCCUCCCGUCCCCUCCCGUCCCCUCCCGUCCCCUCCCCUGCCCUCUGGCUGUUCAUGCUGAAGGCUUACCAGGUCCUUUUCACCUGCAAGCUUAGAAAUUUCAGCUUCUUUUCUCAGGCUGCCUCCUGGACACUGGCCCCGUCUAGCCAAGAAGGACCAAUGCCCUUGGCCUUGGGUCCAGAAGGGGCUGGGGCGAGGGCUGUUGGCAGCCAUCUGGGCCCGGGUCCAAGCUGCCAUCUGUAGCUUCCCAUUCCUCGGGCUCCCCUCGCGCUGUGCCUGUGAGGAGCAUAGUCGGGUUUGGUCCCCACAGCAGUUUGGGGGGGAGUGCUCCCCAUUUGCUGGGUGCGGGGGCGGUCUCCAGACCCACCAGAGCGGCCUGAGGAAUGCGCUGUCGAGGCUGCAGAUCUUUUUGCUCUGGCUGGUGGGGCACGUGGCAGGGGCAGGAAAAUGGGGUUCCUGAGUGAGGAAUGGGGUUCCUGCUGAGAGGUAGGGGUGAGUGGGGGCCCCGACCUGCCUCCUGGGCUCUGGGUGUGUAUCUUUGCCUCCGUGCCACUCCGCGGUAAGGAAGGCUCGCACCAGCUUAAAGCCACCCUCACCCCUUGCCUGCCCCAUCCCUGCACACUAAAGAGAGGAGGCGGGGGAGGGGGAGGCGUGACCACCCGCUUCUCCCUCACCCCCAGUUACGAAAGUCUGGCUCAGACCCUCAGCAUGGGCUCCCCUGGGUUCCAAGAAACGCCUUCCUCCUUCUGCACCCCCUUCCUCCACAGGGGUCUCCAGAGCCCAGGGCACACGUUCAAGCUGGAGAGGCAGGCAGACCUCCCUCCCCGGGAUCUGGGGGUCCAGAGUGUCCUAAGCACCAGCAUUCUGCCCCCCUGCCACCAACUCCAGGCUACAGGCCCCUGGUGGGGAGAAGAGGAGCCGGGUGACCGGGGGCUGCCCGCCCUGGCCUUCCCCAUCAGACAGCGUGGCCUUGGUGACCAGUGUGGUGUCCAGAAGAUGCGUGGUCUGGCGAGGCUUGACCCCUGUGAGGUGACAGAGGAUGGCAGAGAAGGUUCUGGGGUGAUGAGUAGGGUGAGGCCCCUGUCUCAAGCUAGGGUACCAUUUGCCUGAUAGUCAAAGAUGAGGCAGAGUCAGGAGUCCUGUGGUCUCCCUAGGCCGCCUCUCUGGGCCUCUGGAUUGGACGUGGGGACAACCUGGGUUCCCUGCCAGGGCUGAGAGGGACCCUGAGGAUCUCCCGGGUGAUAGCCAAGCAGUCCUGUGUUCUGUGACCUAGGAGUCUUUGACACCACCUCCUGAGUGAACACGGAGUAGGGGGUAGGAAGAACCCCCCCACCCAAUAUAUCUGUGCCCCCCUGUAAGCCAGGGCUGGGGAUCAGCCAGUCGUGGCUGUCACAGCCACUGGGAAAGGGAGCUGGUGUGUGGCUGUGUGUGUGGUCUGUGAGCAGAGCUUGAGGGGCGAGGAUAAUGGGGUCUCCCCCUCAACCCCCCCCACACCACCCAAAAGACCCCCAGAACUUUGGGUUUUCAGGUUUCCCGCUGUGCUGAGGGAAGCGCUGGGCCUGGAGGGGGCGGUAGCCCUCCCUGCAGAGAGGCCGCCGGAGGGGAGCCAACCAAGAUGGCCUCUUGGUGGUCAACCCAGCAGAGGGCCAGCCUGGGGAGAGAGGCGGGGGUCGUCAUCGUCGUGAGGGCAGCCGGGUCCUACUGUAGCUAGAUCCCUUUUCCUGUACCUCACAGCUCAUCCCAGCUUUUCUUCGUUCUUUCAUUUUCAAAUUAGAGGCAACAAAAGAGCAAAGCUUCAUUGUGUCUCUUCAGACACAUUGUGUCUUCAGACCCUGGGAGAAAGCCACAGGGUGGGCUGUGGCCUUGGUGGUGACACCCACACCCUCCUGUGAAGCCUGCUCUGUAGAAGGUGAAGGCCAGGCCGGGCGGGAGCUGUUGGCUGAGGCAGCCCGUUGGGGCCGAUGGCGCUAGGAGUGGCCCUGGUCAGAGGGACAAGGAACCUGUGGCCGCAGCCUCCGCGCCGGUGAGGGAAUUUGAGGCUCGGAACAGGGCGGGGGAGGGCUGGGGGUCAGGACGGUGGCGUGUGCUCAGCCGCAGCUGUGUGUAUACGUCCACGCGGAAGUGUGCCACACCGUGACCUACACGUCAGCGUGUGUGGGAGCAUGUGUGUGUAGAGCCCGCGUCUGAGCCAAGGGCCCACUCGUUCGGUAUCCUGAGGCCUCGGGAGCGCUCUGCGCAGAGAGUUGUCAUAGGGUGUGGGGGCAGAGGUGUUCCCAGCUGGGGCUCUGCUGUGCCCCGCGGACGCCUGGCAGCCCACGCAGCCAGCCCCGAGGGGCUAGACCUGCCGGGCCAGCUCUUCGAAGCAUCCGGCCCUGAAGACGGUCUUCACGGGGAGACGUUUAGGGUGCCGGCGCCCCUCGCCUACGGGGCGGGGGGGGGGGGCAUAUCUGCAAAGAGCGUCCAGCGAAGUCGGAGACCAGGGUGGGGAGUGCCGUGGGUGGUGGAUGAAAGAUGGGCCAAAUUCGUGUCCCAAGACCAAGGUCAAGCCCAGGGCAUUUUCUUGUCCUCUGCCUCGGUUUACCUAUUCAGAAAAUGGUCCAGGGAGAACUGAGCAGGGCGGGGUGGAGGUGGAGAGAGGGCAGGGGGCUGAUGACAAAGAAAAUCCCAAGUCCUCCUCUUGCUCUAUGCCAAAAUUAUUUCCGUUAUCCGGAGAUGGGGGUGUGUGGGUGUUGGGUGCAUGAUGGGGCUCCGAGGGGCCUCUGCCCUACCCAGGGCCUCGCCUCGGGGGGUCUGGCCCUCACCUGGCAAUGCCCCGGGUCACCAGCAGCAGCAGUGGCACUCAUCUGUCCCAGGGCCUGGGCGAGGGGGGAGCACUGGGUGACCCUAGGCCCCGGGGCCCUCACGCUUACUCUCUUUCUUGAAGAAACACAAAACCCUCGAGAUUCAUGUACUGUAUGACGGAGAGAAAAAAAGUACCUAAUGUCCCCCCCUCCCAAAAAAAAAGACAGUAUAUUUUGUACUUUGUAAAGUGUUAAUUAAAAUGGAGAAAAAAAAUG